UCAUGAAAAUCUUUGUUUUUAUAGUUUUGGCAGUUUCUCUUUGCCUUCAUGUUGAAACGUUCAGAGAAAUAAACAAGAAGGACAUGAAAACUUAUAGAGAUCGAGUUGUGAAGAUGUUUCACCAUGCCUAUGAUGGUUAUAUGAAGCACGCCUAUCCAUAUGAUGAACUCCGUCCAAUAUCCUGUGAUGGCCAUGACACCUGGGGAAGUUAUUCCCUUACCCUGAUAGAUGCACUGGACACUUUGGCUGUGAUGGGCAACUACAGUGAAUUUAGGAAAGUUGCUGAUCUAGUCAUUGAAAACAUUGAAUUUGAUGAUGACAUCAAUGUGUCAGUCUUUGAGACAAAUAUAAGAGUUGUCGGUGGCUUGAUAUCAGCUCACCUUUUGUCCAAGAAAGCGGGAAUGUUGCUGGAGCCCGGUUGGCCUUGUUCUGGACCGCUGCUUAGAAUGGCUGAAAGUGCUGCUAGAAGGUUACUUCCAGCUUUCAACACAACAACCGGCAUGCCAUAUGGGACAGUCAACUUUCGUAAUGGCGUCCCAAAGGGUGAAACAACAGUUACUUGCACAGCAGGUGUUGGAACUUUCAUUGUGGAGUUUGGUGCACUGUCAAAGCUGACUGGAGAUCCUGUUUUUGAGUUUGUGGCUAUGAGGGCUCUGAAGGCAUUGUGGGAUCACAAAACUGACAUUGGAUUGGUGGGUAACCACAUUGAUGUCAAUUCUGGAAAAUGGACAGCAGCAGAUAUGGCGAUUGGUGCUGGAGUUGACUCAUAUCUUGAGUACUUAGUAAAAGGCUCAAUUCUAUUUCAAUACCCAGAACUUAUACUUAGUUACCAAGAAUUCCUGGCAAAGAUUGAGAAGUACAUGAAGCAGGAUGAUUGGUACCUGUGGGUCAGUUCAAAGAAGGGUUCUGUCACCUACCCAGUCUUUACUUCACUUGAUGCCUAUUGGCCUGGAAUACUUAGUCUGGUUGGCAAUAUCGACAAAGCCAUGAAGACAAUCCACAAUUACCAUCAAGUUUGGAAACAGUUCGGUUUUACACCAGAAUUUUACAACAUCGGAAAAGCUGAGGCUGUCAAUAAGAGAGAGGGAUAUCCAUUGAGACCAGAGUUGAUAGAAAGUGCCAUGUAUUUGUACCAAGCAACAAAAGACCCUUACCUCUUAGAAAUAGGUGUUGAUAUCCUGGAGUCAAUUGAACACAGUACCAAAACAAACUGUGGUUAUGCUACGGUGAAAGAUGUACGAAGUCACAUGCUUGAAAACAGAAUGGAAUCAUUCUUUCUGGCCGAGACCACAAAAUAUCUCUACCUGCUUUUUGACACAGAGAACUUUAUUCACAAUACCGGAGGAAAGGGUGAGGUGAUCGAGACACCCAAUGGAGAGUGCAUCAUUAAUGCUGGGGGCUACGUUUUCAAUACGGAAGCUCAUCCAAUUGAUGCUGCCGCCCUCUAUUGUUGUAGUGCGGAAAAGACGGAGAGUGAUAACAUUCUACAGGAAUUUCAUGAAAAUCUUGAUCUUAUGUCAGUGCUUGGAUUAAGGUCUGAUAAGAAAGGGAAUACAUUUGAGGCGAAAAAGACUACAAAGGAUUUCAGUAGCAGGGAAAGUGAUGAGAAACAAACUGAAAAGACAUCAGAAAAACACCCAGAGACAAAAAAGUCUGUCGAUUCCAAAAAUUCUUCUGACGAUUCUAAAAAUGCUAAUGCAACGAAUGAGGAGUCCUUGAAUAAUUUUAAAAAUGGUCCUGAAAUUGAAGUAAAUGUUUCAACUGGGACAAACGAGGAGAUUUCUUCUGGGGAGGAUGAGGGGUCAGGCGAUGGGGGUGAUGGUAGUGAUACAGAAUUGGACGAUAAGCAAAAACUCAUAAUACAAUUGCAAAAGGCUGCGAAACAGGCAGCGGAUGCAAAAGUUCUACAAGUUGUGGUUCCGUCCAGUGGGGCUUCAUCAACAGAUACCAAAGGAUCAGAAAAUGGUACAAAUGAGCAAGAUGGGGCAGGUAGUGCAAAAGGGCCAGAACGUCCAGUUGUACAGGAUAAGGAAGUGCCCUAUGAUGGUAGCAUUUUAACAUGUCCUGCUCAGCCAUUCCAUAGUCGAUUGUCUUUGCUUGGGGAACUGUGGGAGGACAGCUGAGGAAAAGGAGGGGUAGGGGGUGAGGAAUAUAUGUUUGCAGAGGGGACAAUCACGCAGGGAUAAACUACUUCAGUUUUGCAGUGUUGUCUGUACACCAUGUAUACGGAGGUGCCAAAAUGUUAGCCGUCCUCUGCUUAGUUUGCACACAUGUAGCUGCAAGUCUUUGGUUGAGGUUCUUCAUGUUCUAUUGUAGCUUAAUUGGAGACAUUCCUUUGGACGGGGAACACACAUUUUAUUGAAAGAAUAGACAGUCAAACUGUACAAAUGCAUAAAAAUUUGCCUCAAAUUUCUAUAUGGUACAUGUACAGUAGAAC